AUGGAAUGUACCCCUAAACCUUUCAUACACUCUCCAGCUAUGUUACUUAGGCUGAUAAUACUGAUAGCUGUGAUCCCUGCUCUUGUACCAUAUGAAGAAGAUUUUUACGAACGGGUUGUAUCGGAGCAUAUUAAGUAUUGUGGAGAUGGUCGAGUUUGUAAGAAAGGAUUGGGAAUUAAAUGCAAAUUUUGUGAAGAUUGUGAUUGUGAUGAACCUUGUUUUGAGAUAGGUGAUUGUUGUCCAGAUAAAGAUUUUGCUUUGAGACUAUCUGAUCCACCGAAAAUUGGAUAUGAAUGUGUGAGUUCACUAGUAGAAAGUUUGUAUCCAUCAGACAUUUUCAAUACAAGAAAAGAUAUUGAAGAUAAAUAUGCCAUGAUAGUAAGUUGUCCCCAUGAGGAUUCCGAUCUUCAAUUUAACUGUUACAAUUCUAUAACUUUACCAGUUUCCUCUACCGGCAACUCUACAACUUUCAGAAAUAAACAUUGCGCUGCUUGCCAUAACAUCACCAACAUUCGACCUUGGCAGAUAACACUACAAUGUAUCGAUUCCACUCCUAACGACUUUGAUUCUACACCUGGGCUUAUUGAGAAGGUCAUUAAUGACGAAACAUGUACAGUAAAGUUCCAAGCACCAGAGGGUAUGACAGAAAGAAAAUGUAGGUUACCAGACAAAAAUACAAUAUCGCAGUGUAAUGUGACUGGUUUAUGGCCUCAAUAUGAUGAAUUCCUAGAGAAAGCGUGUAAAAGUUACUUGACGAUCGCAGACGAUGAAAAUCAGACAUACAGGAAUCCACUUUGUUUGAAAUGUAAUUUCCCUAAGCCUUAUAUACCAAGAUGUAAUGGUGUUAAACACAUACCAGGACUAACUCCAUCUUUUACAGCUUUAUUAGAUUUCAGUGAUCUGUUACAUGAUAAAGAUGAAGUGAUUAAAUCACAGUGUCCACCUCAAACUAUAUAUGAUCCAGGCAAGACCUUAGACAAGGAAAGUGAAAGUAAAAUAUUCACUGGAACUGUUGAUCAUUCCGAGUGUGACACCAGACCUUAUCCCCAGGCUUUUGGAACUGUUAGCCUUUAA